GGCCGUCGUGAGCGCGCGCAGCAGGCUUGACGUCACCGAGGCGUCCUGACUCUGCGCUGAGCCGCUGGAGAGAGAAGAUGGUAAAAUCUGAUACACGUCCACGGCGCGAUUAACGUAAAAUGACCGCUGCUGCAGCCGAUCUCCACCCGCUUCACCGAGGAUCCCCCGCCGGCACCGGCCUGAGCUCCACCCGACACCGAGAGAGAUUGGUGUCUUAACCUGUUGCCUUGGACAGCUGCUAUUGGAAGAGGGAAGUCACUUUUAUCAUGAACCUCCUCGCGACCAUCUCCAGUUGAAGCAGGGUCACCUCCACAUUCUCACACAAUUGUUUCACGUCUCAACCACAGAAUCAGCGAGAUCGUAACAAACGCUCGUGGUCAUAGUUCAGCGUUUAGCCCCGCUCUCCUGUUCAGCUGAAGAUGUACAGCAGCGCCCGCUCUGUCGGCAGAGGGGAUGCCAACCAUAGUGGAGGAAGAGAUGCAGGUGGUACCGGUAAUCAGGGGUCGAGCCGUUCUCCUCGCCUCCCCCGCUCCCCUCGAAUGGGACACCGCCGCACCAACAGCACCGGAGGCAGUGGAGGGGGACCUGGAGGAGCAGGAGGCAAGACUCUCUCCAUGGAGAACAUCCAGUCCCUCAACGCCGCGUACGCCAACUCAGGCCCGAUGUACCUGAGUGACAAUGAGGUUACCAUGACAGGGGAGCACAUUCCAAAAAGUGGUGGGACAAUGACGACCAUGGGGAGACAGAGGGUGACGUAUGGGUCAAGGGGCAACAGCUGUGGAGUAGUGGCUGCCAGCACUCCCAACAUCUCCACCUCAGUGACUGGCAACGCUAUGUUGCCAGCAAGCAUGAUGGCAGGUGACGCUCUAGCUUUUGGGGACCACCACAUGGCCUCCACCGUGCCCCAUUCUCUGAGGCAGGCCAGAGACAACACCAUACUUGACCUGCAGGCACAACUGAAAGAGGUUCUGCGUGAGAAUGAGAUGCUGCGGCGGGACGUUGAAGUCAAGGAGAGCAAGCUCAGUUCCUCUAUGAAUUCUAUCAAGACCUUCUGGAGCCCGGAGCUGAAGAAGGAGCGAGCGCUCAGGAAAGACGAGGUUUCUAAGAUCACCGUCUGGAAGGAACAAUACCGCGUGAUUCAAGAUGAAGCACAGCAUCUCCAGAUGACUGUCCAGGCUCUCCAGGAUGAGCUGAGGAUCCAAAGGGACCUGAACCAGCUGUUUCAACAAGAUCCCUCCAGCCACGGCCGGGACCUGGCCCUGACAUCUGAACCCACAGAGGAGAACUACCGGCGGCUGCAGGCCGAGCACGAGCGGCAGGCCAAAGAGCUCUUCCUCCUAAGAAAGACCCUGGAGGAGAUGGAGCUGAGGAUUGACACACAGAAGCAAACCCUGGGAGCCCGAGACGAAUCCAUCAAGAAGCUUCUGGAGAUGCUGCAGAGCAAAGGUCCGUCUGCCAAGGCAUCAGAGGAGGACCAGGAGCGGACCAGGAGACUGGCUGACGCUGAGAUGCACAGGCAUCACCUCGAGAGUUUACUGGACCAGAGAGAGAGAGAGGUCACGGUGCUAAGAGAGGAGCUGCACCGUCGGUAUGAGGGAACUCCCGAGUCCACCAAAACGAAGGCUCUACAGACUGUCAUCGACAUGAAGGAUGCAAAAAUCAACUCAAUGGAGCGGAACCUGCGGGACAUGGAGGAGGAGAUGCUGAUGCUGAAAUCCAAUGGACUUCUGAGCUGCGAGGAGCGUCAGGAGGAGAUGAAGCAAAUGGAAGUUUACCGCAGCCACACCAAGUUCAUGAAAAACAAGAUGGAGCAGGUGAAGCAGGACCUCUCCAGGAAGGACUCUGAGCUGCUUGGUUUGCAGACCAAGCUUGAGACGCUCACCAACCAGUUCUCAGAUAGCAAGCAGCACAUUGAAGUCCUCAAGGAGUCUCUCACUGCCAAGGAGCAGCGGGCUGCCAUUUUACAGACAGAGGUGGAUGCCUUGCGUCUGCGCCUGGAAGAAAAAGAGACAACUCUGAAUAAGAAGAGCAAGCAGAUACAAGAAAUGUCUGAAGAGAAGGGCACACUCAACGGAGAAAUCCAUGACCUCAAAGACAUGCUGGAGGUUAAGGAGCGCAAAGUGAAUGUGCUGCAGAAGAAGAUUGAGAACCUGCAGGAGCAGCUGAGGGAUAAGGAGAAGCAGAUGAGCAGCCUGAAGGAGAGAGUUAAGUCUUUGCAAGCUGACACUUCCAACACUGACACUGCUCUCACCACGCUGGAGGAGUCUCUCGCAGAAAAGGAACGCAUCAUUGAGCGUCUAAAGGACCAGCGAGACAGAGACGACCGGGAGAAGACAGAGGAGAUUGACUGUAACAAGAAGGAACUGAAGGAGUUGAAGGAGCGACUGAGUUUACUGCAGGGAGACCUGUCAGACAGAGAGACUUCACUGUUGGACCUGAAGGAGCAUGCAUCAUCCCUGGCUUCCUCUGGGCUGAAGAAGGACUCAAAACUCAAGAGCCUGGAGAUCACAAUGGAGCAGAAGAGGGAGGAGUGCCUCAAACUGGAGAACCACCUCAAGAGAGCUCAAAAUGCAACCCUGGAGGCUCAGGCUAACACCGAGGUCGCUGAGCGCAUUAAGAACCUGGAGCAGGAAGUGGCUCGCCACAAAGAGGAUUCUGGGAAGGCACAGGCUGAGGUGGACCGCUUGCUGGAGAUCCUCCGGGAAAUGGAGAAUGAGAAGAAUGACAAAGAUAAAAAGAUCAAUGAGCUGGAGAGUUUGGCCUCCAGGCAGAAGCAGGACCAGACGAAGAAGGUGGCCUCUCUGAAGCACAAGGAGCAGGUGGAGAAAAGCAGGAAUGCUCGACUCAUGGAGGAGGCUAGAAAAAGGGAGGACAACCUGUCUGAGAACUCCCAGCACGUGAAGGACACUCUGCGUCAGAAGUCGGAGCGUAUAGAGGAGCUGGAGGAGGCCCUGAGAGAGAGCGUCCAGAUUACUGCUGAGCGAGAGAUGGUGCUUGCGCAGGAGGAGUCUGCCAGGUCGCUGCAGGAGAGACAGAAGCACUCACUCAAAAUGCAUGAGUCGAACCUCGCCCACAUUAAGUGGUCUAAGAUGGAGGAGCUGCUGGGGGCCAUGGAGAAGGUGAAACAGGAGCUGGAGUCCAUGAGAGCCAAACUGUCCUCCACCCAGCAGUCUCUGUGUGAGAAAGAGGCACACCUCACAACCCUGCGAGCUGAGCGCCGGAAACACCUGGAGGAGGUGCUCGAGAUGAGGCAGGAGGCACUGUUGGCUGCUAUCAGCGAAAAGGACGCUAACAUCGCUCUCCUGGAGUUGUCCUCAUCUAAGAAGAAGAAGACGCAGGACGAGGUGGCCCUGCUGAAGCGGGAGAAGGACAGACUGGUGCAACAGCUCAAACAGCAGACUCAGAACCGGAUGAAGCUGAUGGCAGACAACUAUGAAGAUGACCAUCUGAAGACGGUCCCUGACCACACAAAUCACAAACCCUCUCCAGAUCAGAUGAUACCCCCUCUUCUAGCCCUGUCCAUGAACCGCAGUAAGCUCAAGCUCUACAUCGCCCACCUGACAGACCUCUGCCACGACCGGGACCCCAGCAUCCUCAGCCAGCUCACGCCCCCCUCUCACUACCAUCACAGCGACCCUGACGACUGGGAGGAGGAGCUCCAGAAGAUGAGUGUCCAACAGUUGGAGCACGAGCUGGAGGUGUGUGAGAAGGAGAGCGGGGACCUGCAGGAGUACGCCAACUCUGUCCUCCAGCAGAUCGCAGACUACUGCCCCGACAUCCUGGAGCAGGUUGUCAAUGCUCUGGAGGAGUCGUGCUGACAACUCUGACCUCGGACACAACCCGGCUGACUCGUGGUCUUUGUAAAGCCUGUAGCUGAGCCCAGGUGCCCCUACCUCCACACAAUGAGGCUCCUGGUAGACAGAGAGGAAGAGAUGGGGGGCAUUAUCACAAACCCACUGAGCUCUAACUCUUUGUUCCCUUCGUCCACCCUGGAACAAAAUCCCAUGACCCCUGAGUGCUUCCCUGUCUCAUGUGUCUGUACUGUCAGGCCUGCAAAAAUCAAAUUAGGAGCGUUCACAGUCUUAUCAAAAGGUGGAUAAAUGUGCCACUUUGAGCAAAUAUCAUGUCACCCACUCAUAUUACCCAUUGCAAUCUGAGGUCUGAUCAAUUAAUGAUGACCAUGGCAGAUGGUGGGCUCACAGUGGGAAGACUAACCUAGACAGCCGAACAUAUGUCAGGCGGGCAACAGCGUCAUUCCAGAAGUUAAGCACAUCCCGUUUUCCACUUGUGAACACACCAUAUUUGAUUUUUGCCAGUAGGAUACUUGCAAAAAUAUCAUUGCACACCUGUGAGUCUGGGACAGGUGCGUUGGGAGAGAAAGGAUUUCAGAUGAAAGGAGCAAACUUUCCGCACAAAGUCUUGGAGCACACUGCCAACCUUCCUCUCCCUUGACAGCUCCACUCACUGCAGGAACCGCCAGAUCAAGCACAGUUACCUCACCCACUUCUGUCUCAGUCUUUUACCCCUUGGAUUCCUUUCACAAAGCUUUAAAGUUUAAAAGGGGAUGGAAUUUAUUCCUCAUAUGGGGCAGGGAAGCACUUUGUGUCCUGGGAGAUCUGGGGAGCUGCUACAUCUAGAGGGGAUCAGAGAGGAGCCGAGUUCAGUGUGUAAAAUCGCGGAGCCGUGUAGAUGCUUGUUUUGUAUUUCAGUCUGUGUUCCCCGAGUAUCAGGUUGGAACCCAGUCACUAGUUUAAAAAAACAGCUGCUGGAGGCCGAUCAUCACUUUUUCUAACCAAAUAAACGCAGCUGUUGUCCAAAUGUUUCUUCAGCUCAGAGCUGUGGAUCUGUCCGUGCAGUCAGGAUGAGGUUGCAGGUACAUUUGACUGUCGACGGCGGCUGGGUCUUCUGUGUGAGAGGGGGACCCAGGCCUGACCUUUGACACACAUCAAAGAUCAGAACCUAGUUACACUUUCAGUUUUCAAUGGACGAGAGAGGGGGGGGGGAGAAAAAUAAAGCUUUUAAUGUUGGUGAUGUAUUAAUUUCUUUUUGAUGGGUUUUGCACACAGCGUCCAGUUGUUUAUGAGGUAUGCAAUGUUUCUUUUGAGAACGUUUUAGUGGCCUUGGAGCAUGCACAGAGAUCAGUACUGGACCUAACGCAGGGAGAUUUGUUCCUCUGUAAUAUUGGUGCUAAGGCAUGAUGUAUGGAUUUUAUUUUUUUGUCAUCUGAUCCACUGAUCAGUCUCAUCCAAAGUUCCCAUAGUUUUUACUUAAAGCCCACCUGAUCUUUAGUUUCCCUAAAAGGAAACAAGUGAUGCCCCUUUUGUUCUUGUUUGUCUGAUCACUUCAAAAUGCAAGUGAUGCCUCCUUUUAUUAUUGUGUGUUUUGAAUUCUUCAGGGCUGAGGUUUUUAAUUACUAAGUGCAUCUACAUUUACAAGAAAUGAAAGUCACUUUUCAGCAGAUUUUGACUUUUUAGAUCAGUUUGUAAAUAACGUGAUAUUUAACACGUACAGUGACUGAAUAAAGGUAAUUAAGUGGAAGGUGUUGUGCAUUCUUAAAAAAAAUAAUAAUCAGAAGUUACAAGCAGUGCAGUUUGUCUUGUGUCUAAUUUUGUCACCAGGACAAAAUGUGUGUGUGUGUGUGUGACAGUACUGCCAUAACUUGCGGAAAGUCAUGUUAUAUAGAGAUAUAUAUAUAUAUACAAAAAAUAAUACAUAUAUAUAUAUAAAAAAUGUUUACUGUAUGGAUAUGCAUUGAAUGUUUGCACAGAAUCUUGAAGAGCGAGCUGCUCUGAACAAAACGACGGUCGAGUUCGUGUCGUCCUCAGUGGAAACUUGAGGGAAGAAGUGUCCAAAAAAAAUUGUGUCAAAAAUAAUGUGUGAACUACAAACGUUUUCAAACCGUGACUGUGUGAUGGGAGAGUACGUUUCUUGCAUUUAUUUCUAGUUAUCUUUUUUUUUUUUUUUUAAUAUAUAUAUAUAGAUUCCCACCACAUGCGAUGUAAAUGUAUUAUCCUGAGAUUUACAGUGUUGUUGUCCUAUGUUUUCUUCUGACCUGUUCCAUCAUGAUUGAUGUCAAAGGCAGAUGGAGCCUGAUGGAUUAAAAAGAAAAAAAAAUAAGAGUCUCCAACCAUCUUCUGCUGUUACGUAAUAGGAACAUAAUGUUACAGAACACACGGUAGAACACUGCGUCAGUAUACGUCUAAAAAAAAUAGGUUUUCUAACAAACUCCCUUUUAAGUGGGUGAUAAACUGAUAAAUUUGGGGCGUCUGGAUUUUCAACUACCACUGAAAACAAAGCACAUCUCUGGUUUUGGAGGAUGUUGGUUGGAGGAUUGUUUUUGUACUUCUCGUUUGUAAAACUUCUUGGAGUGAGGGUUUAUUUCUUUCCGCUCCUCACUAACCCUCGUACCGACCACGGCUGGGUUCAGAGAAAGAAGGGCGGCGUUUGUUUCAACUGUUUUCAUUUUCCUCACUAUGGCCUGUGUGUCGCUGCCCUUGCCUUAAUGUCUCGUCACUUCUUUUUCUCGACUCCUUAUUGAGGAACACAGAGCCGGUUAAGGGGCUUCAGUCAAACUCAUGGUAUCUGUUUUCUUUGGCGUUUGGAUAAGAAAUGUACUGCCUUCUGUCUGUUUGUGUUAAGAAUCAAACUGUUAAAAGAAAGCAAAAAACAGACAUGUUUGUGAGUUACUUGGAUUUUGUAUGUAUGUAAAUAAAUAAAUUAUAAGCCUUG